UCCAUUUCUGUUUCUAUUGCUUUUAUAUCUUUCGCUGAUUUUUAAUUUUGCAAUUAAAUCCUUCCAAAGACUGUUACUAUGGCAGGUUCCUCAUCAUCUGAUCAAGGUGUAUCACAUUUCAAGUAUGAUGUUUUUCUGAGUUUUAGAGGCUACACAAGACUCAGAUUCACAGACGCACUCUAUCAUGCUUUGAUCAACAACGGAAUCGACACCUUCCGAGAUAACGACGAGCUCAGAAUAGGCGAGGAACUGGAAGGUGCUCUUCUUGAAGCAAUUGAAAGAUCAAGGAUGUCAAUUCUUGUACUCUGUGAUGAGUAUCCUACUUCCAAGUGGUGCCUUGAUGAACUCGUCAAGAUCAUGGAGUGUUCAGAGAAUGGAAGGAAGCGACCGGUGUUACCGGUUUACUACUAUGUGGAAAAAUCAGAUGUGCAGUACCAGCUCAAUGAAUAUGCAAAAGCCAUGGCUGCUCAUCAAGAAAAAGGAAGAUACAAUCACAAGUUGGAAGCAUGGAGGUCAGCCUUGUCUCAAGUAGGCAAGAUUUACGGUCAACGCUGUGAUCAAAAUACACCAUUUGGUAUGGCUAUUGACAAGAUUGUCGAAAAGGUCAUAGAAGGACUUCCUCCGUUGCCUCUGUAUAUUCACCAUCCACUUGGAUGUGAUUCUAAACUUAAAGAGGCAAAAUCACUUCUACAGAUUGGUUCAUCUCAUGCUAGCCGUUUGAUGCUGGGAAUUCAUGGAGAAGGUGACCUAAGUCAAUUUGUUGCGGAGUUGUAUAACAAGAUUAGGUGUGACUUUGCAUCUGCAAGUUUUCUUUCCGGUAUCAGUAAGAAAACAAAUGCAAGUGGCGGUGGCCUAGAAGAUCUACAAAAAACGCUUCUUUCUGAGAUGAAAGAGAAGGUAAACAAUAAGAUCGGAAGCACAUUCAGUGGAUCUUUUGAAAUAAAACGAAGACUAGGCAAAAAAGGAGUUCUUCUGAUUUUGGAUGAUGUUGAUAAUAUACAACAACUGAGAUCACUAGCUGGAGAAAUCGAUUGGUUUGGUCCUGGCAGUAGGAUCAUCAUAACAACAAGAUAUGAAGAUGUGCUAGAUGAGCAUGCUGGUGUUGAUAUUAAGAAAUAUCGCUUCGAUGAAGGUGAAUUCGAAGGCAACGGAGGAAGCUCUACUAUGAUGGAAGAAAAUGUAGUGGGAUUGGAGGAAGACUUGGAUGUAAUAAUUAAUCAACUCAAAGAAGAAGAUUCUGCUAGGAAUGUUGUUUCCAUUGUUGGCAUGGGUGGGUUGGGCAAGACUACUCUUGCCCGAAAGGUCUACAAUAGCGAUGAGGCCAGAGAGCUAUUUCCUUGCCGCGCAUGGGCAACCGUUUCCAAAGAGUGCACGUCAAUGGAAGUUUUCAAAAACCUUCUCAAGUGUUUGAAGGUACCCGAAGAAAAUGCAGGUGAUGAAGAGAAGUUGAAAGAAAAGGUGAGAAACCAUUUGAAUGGGAAAAAGUAUUUGGUAGUGCUUGACGAUCUCUGGGAAGCAAACGUAUGGGACAAGCUAAAGGCUCCUUUACCGGAUAACAACAAUGGCAGCAUGAUACUAGUAACUACUCGUAAUGAUCAAGUGGCGAAUUAUGCAAGGUCAAAGGAGCCUCACCACCAACUAAACUUGUUGGAUGAAGAUCAAAGUUGGGAAAUAUUCCGCAAUAAGGUGUUUGGCAGAGAAGAGUGUCCUCCUCCUUUAGAGCUUAUUGGAAGAUCAAUUGCUUUCAAAAGCUGCAAAGGUUUACCAUUGGCUAUCAAAACCACAGCCGGGAUUGUCGCGAAGAAGGAGAGAUCAGAGGAUGCAUGGGAAGAAAUCAAGAACCUGCUCCCUUACUGGUCUUUUACUGAAGACAAGGAAGGUAAGAAGAUGAUGGAGAUAUUGAAGCUUAGCUACGAUGAUCUGUCUGAGAAAAUGAAGCCAUGCUUCCUAUAUCUUGGGGUGUUUCCUGAAGAUGAAGAGAUUCUGGUGAGAGAGUUAAUCCAACUAUGGAUAUCAGAAGACUUCAUAAAGCCAAUCCAAACUGGAAGAAGAUUGAUAGAACCUGAAGAUAUUGGUGAGCAAUACUUGAAGGAGCUAGUGGAUCGUAACUUGGUACAAGUGGCCAAGAGGAGGAGUGAUGGCAAAGGCGUCAAAACAUGUCAGCUCCACGAUCUCAUCCGGGAUCUGUGCAUAUUGGUGAGUAACGACAACCCUGAUAACAGUAACAGUCCUCGCAGGUUGUCCUUUUCCAGGAACGAUCGAUCCUAUGUAUGUUCGGUAACAUGUAAUCAUUCAAGCGCUUGUUCCUUGUUCGUUUAUGGAGAUGUCAAGGAGUGGUCAAAUCAUAUUCCACAAGAUUGCCCAGUUAAUGUGCUAUAUUUACGUGUAUUGGAUUUGCAGCUAACACUUGAAAUGCAUGCUGAGGACUUGGAGAGGUUGAAAAGCCUCAAGUUCUUGAAAUUGAAUUAUUGUUUCCCACAUGGGUUAUUUAAGCUUCUGAGUUUACAAACAAUGCAUGCACUGUCCAGUUUGUCCGAAGAGAAAAUAAGUGUUGAUGAGGGGUUAAAGCAAAUGAGACAUUUUCGUAGCCCCCAUGGUGAGCAUUUAUUGGUAGAGGAAAGGGUAAAAGAUGGACUGCAGAAUUUCCAGACCCUGCGUUAUGUUUAUGCAGAUUCACAACUAGGGCUCUUACUCAACAAUGGCUACUUUCCCAAGUUGAGAACACUGGGUUUAGUGAUAAGUGAAGACGAAUGUCAAUUAGUAGACGAAAACUUGAGGAGCCUGCACCGCCUAAGCGAGCUACGUACACUGAAACUUAAGUUUUCCGCCUCUGAAAGAGUACCAUUAGGUAAAAUUACAUUUCCGUCAAAUCUUAGCAAGAUUGUCUUGAAUUGGUGUAAGGGUUUGAAGUACCAAGACAUGAAUGCUUUGGGACGGAUUCGCAGCCUUCAAAUUUUAAAAUUAAUUUACGUAAAAUGUGACCAAGAUGUCCUUAAUUGUGGUAGUGCUGGAAGCUUUCCGCAGCUUCAAGUGUUUAUCAUGAUAUGUGUGAAUGUCACGUGUGUUACAUUAGAAGAUGGUGCGAUGCCUAGACUUCGACGUGCUGUCUUUUAUAAGUGCCCUGGCUUGAUGUUGCAGUCCCUUCCUGAACAAAUGCUUUCCUUGGAUAGUAACUUGCAUUUUAUAGAACCUUAUGAGUAUGAUGGCGACUAUGCCGGCUAUGACGAAUAUGAUAAGGAUGACUACUAUGACUACUAUAACGGCUAUGAUGAGGAUGACUCCUAUGACUAUGACUUCUAUGACUAAUAUACUACCUGAUUACCUUUUUCAUGCAACUUGUUUCUUAUGCUUUUGCUAAUAAGGUGAAUCAUUCAUUUUAUUUGUGCAGAACUCUCCUCCAUAAUACAUAUCAUUACAUGUGGUCCUGCAGCCUCAUUGUAUUGUAAUGGACUGUGAUUGCACUGUUUUUCUUUUCUUUCUUUUAUUUGAAUAUAGUGCUUGUUUUUAUUUUGAGUGACACUUUUUUGUGCUAUUUUGGUAUUGUAAUUCCUCAAACACAUUUGUAUUGUGAUUCCCUUUUACGUUGUGCAUUUUCUGUUGAAGGUUUGAAUGACAUGUAAUUUCUUUCAUGUUAUAAAUAAAUGAGAUGAAUUCAUAUUGUUAGUGUA